UUCUUCUGCACGAACUGCGGUAUGUAUAAUCCGCUCUAAAUCAAACCUCGAUGACCGGUUCUGGAGCUGAACAAAGCUGGAUAUGGCACCCACCACGGAGUCCAGGCUGAACGUGGACGCUCUGAGUAAGAGAGAUGUGCUGCUGCUCUUCAGUGUGCUGGAGGGAGAGCUGGAGGCUCGAGACUUUGUCAUCCAAGCCCUCAGGGCCCAGCGCAGGGAUGCAUACGUGUGGGAGCGCUAUGGCAGAUAUGACCUGAGUGACCCGUUUCUGGCUCUGCAGAGGGACAGCGAAGUCCUUCAGGGCUCUUAUCAGGGAGAUGGAGCGAGCACUUCCCAGAGACGAGAGGCCACAGGACGGUCAGAUCCACUGGCCAUGCUCAGACUGGUGGUGGGACACUGCAGGAGGAUGCAGGAGAAGAUGCUGAAACAGCUAGCAGCUGCUGAGAGCAGACACAGGAGGGUCAUUGCAGACUUAGAGGAAGAAAAGCGGAGGCAUGCUGAGGAUACAGCUGAGGGAGAUGAUGUCACCUGUAUUUUAGAGAAGGAGCGAGAGCGCCUCCUGCAGCAGUUGGAGUUUGAGAAGUCGAAGGUCUCCCGCAUGGAGAAGGAGAAUAAACGCUUGCAUGAUCAGCUGGAGGAUGAGCGCGUGCAGCACAAGCAGCUGAUGACAGCGCUGGGGCGCGAGUGUAAACGCUCGGGUUCCCGCGCCCACGAGGAGGCACAGAGGGUGGGAGAAUUCAGCCGUCGCCUGGAGCGUGAGAGAACUGCCAAUCAGACCCUGCGGGCGGAGCUGGAAGAGGAGAAGAAGCGUGCCAUGCAGAUGGAGGCCAGGAGGGAGGAGCUGUUGGCCGAGUUUGACACGGAGAGGGAGCAGCUGGGGCUGCGGCUAAGGAAGGAGGAAGCGCGCUGCAGGCAGCUGCAGGAGGAGGUGGAGAGGCUGAGGAGAGCCGUUCCAGAGCUGAGUGGGGGAGAAGGGAUGGUGGAGGUGCAGAUGAGCAAUGGUGUUUUGGAGGAUGGUGUAGAGAAAUCAGGUAAAAGCCAAAUGAAUAUGAAUGGCCAUCACACACCUGUGAAAGAGAGUGGAGCUAAGGAGAGGCAGAAAAAGGAGAACGGGGAAACAGAAAACGGAGCGUAUCCGUCCAGCAUAACUCCAGAUCAGAGUGACCUGACCAAUGGGAACUCGACUGUACAGUCUAAUAAAAAUCUAAAUACUGACCACCAGUCUUCCUGCAGUACAGGCACUUCCCCCCAAACAAGCUCCAGCCCCACCUCCUCCCCCAGCCUACAGGCUGCCUACCAGGCUGGCAUCCAUCAGCGCUUCCACGCAGCCCGUCACAAGUUCCAGUCCACGGCAGAGCAAGAACCUCAGCCAGGCUCUCCUGUUUCUCCCCUCUCACCCAGCACUUCCCCAGCUUCUCCACUAGAGGGCAGUGGCUCCAAACAGGCAGCCCGCAGCACACUGACCCAGGCCCUGAGUCGCUUCAGUAGCCAGCAGAACUCCAGCAAGGGAGCCUCCCCAAACAGCUCACCUUUUGGCACAGACUAUCGUGCCCUGUCUCCUGGAAUUCGCUCGCCAACUACCCCCAGAGCAGAGAGAGGAAACCCACCCCCCAUCCCCCCAAAGAAGCCAGGCCUGGCCGAAACUCCACCCUCCCCAGCCACCCUACGAGCUGCGCACUUGGCUCAGAUGUCCGCCGGCUGCGGACGGAAAACUACGUCCGAAAACAGCAAAGAGCCAGACAUGCUUCUGUCCUCCAGUGGCUAGCUGGCAUCCCUUACACCUCAUUGACACCUGCCAUUGACAAGUUAAUCCAGUUCAACAGAAAUAUUACAAUUAAUCUUUAAGAUCAAUUUCUCCCUAAUAUCAUUGUGUAGAUGUAAAACAAAAACUUAAUGGAUUAGUGUGAAAUGCCAUGUUCAGUCUCAGUCAGAACAGUGGCGAUAGUCAGCACAAGCCUAAAAAUGUCCGUAAAUGCUACCUCAUCAAAAGUUAUAAAGUUUAUAAAUAUGCUGCCUGAAUGCCAUUGUUCUAUUACUGCAUUAUGAUAUGGAUUUGGCCUUAUUUUUUAAAUAUUUUAUCAUUAUAAAAAAAUAUAUAAUAAUUGGCCUCAUUCACCAAUAUCUUCUAAAACAAAUUCUAACACAGUUGGUGCUGAGGAAAUCUCCACUUCAGCUGUCAACAAUCAUUUCACAUAAUUGAUCAUCCACUUUGAAUGACCUACACCUGAACAGUUGAAUUAUUAUAAUUACCAUUACAUGAAAGUUUUGCUUCUGGGUUUUCCCUACAUUUGGGAAAAAAGGAAGCCUUAAAUCUGAAUCAUGCUUUGAGCUCUCCCCAUGGAGAGCUGUACACAUGCAUUUGUUGACAAUUAAAAGCAAAACAAGUUUUUUACAUCUUUAAUAUUUUAAACAAAUAAGACUCUGAAUCCACCAAGGCAGCAUUCCAGCCUGGCGAGGCAGUGACUGAGAUGCUGUUCCUGCUUUUACAUCAGUGGAUGAGAAACAGACUACGUUUCUAAUGAUGUUAUUUUAAGUUAGAUUAGCUUUUAACGGUUGUUUUGCUUUAAAUGCAUUUUGCCAACCAACGUUACAUACAUAAAUCUCAUUAGUAAACCAGCACUUAUCUGCCAGCGAGGUUUUGCUUGUUUUAUUCAAGAUUAAAUGGAUGAUUUGGUGCAGGGAGGAGACCACAGCUCACAAACAACCCACAAUUUAAAUUUUAGGGUUUAAAGGUUUGGGCAUACACUCCAUAUUAGAACACUGUUGAGCUGGUGUGUGUUUUUACAAUGCGACUCUCUCAGUUUGAAAACUUAUAGAGCUUUUGUAUUGAUGCAGUUGUUCUAAGUGAGGUUCAGUGAGUUGAACACACACAGCCUUACUGUUUGCUCUGGUUCUUUGCAUGUGAUUUUUUUGUCAUAUUGUCAAAGGCUUGUAUAUUAUAAAAGGUCCUCUAUGAGUAACCAUUUCUUAUUGUUUCAGUUAUUUGUUUAUUUUACUCACAUGGUUUUUAUGUCCUGUACUUGUACCAGUAUUUAUGUCUUGUACUUGUAAAACAUUAUCUAGUUAAUACACUGUAAUAUUACGUCACUGUCAUGCAAAAACCUUGUAUCUUGUUUUUUUGCCAUUUUUCAGGUUUUCAUGGUGAACUGACCAAUUGAAAUGCUUCAAAUUACUUAGCAUUAAAUAUUUUUACAUUGACUUUCACAAUUGUAUAUUUUAAAAUUGUGAUACAAGGUUUUUGAAUGACAGCAACAAUUUGUUUGUAUAGGACUACAUAUAUUAUGCAGUCAUGUGCUUUUUUUACUAGCAGUUUUUGCAUAUGUACAAAACUAUACAAAAUAUUUCAUAUCAACUAUUAGCUCAAGUUCUACUGCAGUAUUCCUUUCAGUGAUUAUAAGUGUUAGAAAUCAUGAGAUUGCAUGACUGGCAUAUUUUAUUGUUUAUAAAACGUGCACACGUGCAGUGUAUUGUUUUUGUGACACUCUUAUGCUGAUGUUAUGUACUUUUCACAAUGAAUGCUAAAUAUACAUGUUUAAUAUAUCA